UUUCGGAGGCAACCAGACCACCCCAGUGUCAAGGACUUGCCCUUCAUCCAAACGAAACGGGGUACUAGGCUGCUCACCGGCGGGUGGUGGGGCAAGUCGCGUCAUAUUAACUACCUCGGCGAUUGGAUCCAGGGUCAGCCCUUCUGCCUGCCUACCGGCAUCGCUGGAUAUCAAAGCCUCAGCGCCGGAAGCGUUAGCAGUGCUGUCCCUGGCGUUUUCACCAUGCUCGAUGGCCAAGAGGUGGCCCAGGGUGCUGCGCGGGGAUGGGGUAUCGUCUUCACCUAUUUCUACCUGUUGUACUUCGGUGUCCUCUUGAUUCACCGCGAAAUGCGGGAUGAUGCUGCAUGCGCGGAGAAGUAUGGUGAUGACUGGAAGGAGUACAAGCGCCUUGUCAGGUGGAGGAUAUUGCCCGGCGUUUACUGGAUCUGCUUGGUAGCAAACUUCUACUAGUUUGUGAACGCCGAAGCGAUUGAUCCUGGAUGGAGGUAUGCUUGGUGAUAUCGUAAACCUACCGCGGAUAGGGUCGCUGCUUUACAGCCAACCAGC